AUGUCCUAUGAUGUAUUACCCGGAAACAUUCUACUCCCAUCUCCCAAAGAUUGGGAUGAAUGUGAAGAAGUCAAUCGAAAAUAUCUUCGUCUCUUAACAGCCAGUGCAUUCCGAAAAAAGACAACUGCAACAACCACCAAUCCAGAAAAUUCCAAUCUUCUCGAUGAAGCGAAUUCUGAUGAUGAAGAUCAUGAAAAAUCCAAUCAACCAACUCUCUCAAAACCAAGUGGUAGUGCUCAACAAAUGGAACAUCAUGAUUCCAUUGAAGAUCCACUUCAACUCAUUCAAACCUAUGAUCCUUCGAUGGUUUCUAAAUAUAAUUGGAUGGCUGCCACAAGUCAAAAUGGAAAUGUUUCUGUAGAGAGUGAUCAAUUCAAUCCGAAACUCUUUCUUGCGACCAAACAUCAUCCAUUGAAAUAUGAAAAUUUAGGAUUGGCAAAACGAAAUUUAAAACAAACUGAAAAUGAACUCAAAAUGAAAAUGAUUAUUCUCUCUGAAAAGAAUAUUCAUAAAUUUACCGAAGCAAAGAAUGCCAUUGAUGCAUUGUGUUCGAAUCGAGAUGCUAAAUUUAGAGAUGGAAGUGUGAAUCGAUUGGAUCAAUCAUUGCUCAAUGUUCAACAAGAUUCUGAACUUUUAUUUGGACCUCUCAUUCAAAGAAAGAAGGAAUGUGAGGAAAUCAAAGAAGUGUUACAUUUAUUUAAAAAGACUAAAUUUGUACUCUAUCUUCCAAGUAACAUUAAGGAAAAUAUCAAAAAAGAAGAAUAUAAGAAGGUUGUACAUGAUUACAAUCGUUCCAAAUAUUUCAAACAGAAAUUUGGUCAUUUUGAAUUAUUUCAACCCAUUUUCAAAACCAUUGAACAAGAUAUUUCACAAUUAACUGAAAUUCUUUUCAAAAAGUUGAGUUUUAACAGCACUGAUAUUGAUACCUUAUUGAGUCAUAUCAAUCGAAUGUAUAAAAUGUCUUCAAAUUCAUUGGAAGAAGAUUCUAAUAAUGGUAUUGAAUCAACUACUACGAGUGCUACUACUACUUCUGCUGUUACUAUUACUACUACCAAUAAUACUACUACUACUACUAAUACUACUAAUAAUAAGAACAUUCUACAAAACACUCUCUCCUCUCCUAUGAAUUAUUCAUCUUCCUUCAAAUUAUUAAAUGAAUAUCAAGAACGUAUUAUUGGAUUUUUAAAUAAUUUGGAAUGUAAACAAGAUCCUGCAUGGUACUAUUUAGAGAAAAUGCAUUUCUUUAUUAAGGACUCUCUUCAACGUUGUUUAGAUACCUAUGAAAAGAAUACUCGAGACAUUUCUGAUCUCAUUGAACAAGAAGAACUUUUUGAAAUGACCAAUAUCUCUUCUAAUUAUCAUCGUAGUAAUAGUACUGGAGCUAGUGGUGGCAGUAGCAGCAGCAAUAGUAUUAUGAAUGAUAAUGACUCGACGUCAUUGGAUUCAUUUUCUUCUUAUACUUGUUUUUUUAGACAAUUACUAGAACGAAAAACUGUGGAUUUGGUUGUUGAUUUGACCAACAUUCUACUCAAAACCAUUCCAGAUUUUUGGCAACUCUCUCAAAAUAUUCUCAUUGGAAAAUAUCUUCCAAAGAAGAAGAGAAUUCGCAAAUUGAAAGAACACGAAAAUGAUGAAAAGGAAAAACAAAUUGUCAAUCUCAUGAGAGAUAUUACAUUGAAAUAUUCAGAUAUUGUAAAUACUGCAAUUGAAAUGGUUGAUAAUCACUCGGCACAUCAAAAAUCACUCUGUCAAUGUGUGUGUGAAAUUAUUCGAUGCAAUGAACAAUUAGACAAAUUGAAAAUACCAAAAAAGUACAUUUCACAUUUUGAUGAAUUUACAGAUCUCAUGACUCGAUAUAUGGUCAAUGAAAUAUGGAAUCGAACCAUUGGAGAAGUAUCAAGAUUUCAUGUUUUAGAAAAAUGGAAACCCAUCUCUGAAACUCUUACCAUUACUGAAUUACCUCUCAAAUUUCAAGAUUAUAUCAUCAAGACACUUUCCUUAUUGAGACCACUCAUCUCGAAAGGAAAUGUAUUUAAACAAGAUCUUGUUUCUGAAGUUGAAAAACAUUUAAUGGAAUGUUUGAAAGUAUUUGCUGAUUGUUAUCAUGAACUUUCAUUCAAUGAAGAAGAACUCUCAAGAAAACAAUCCAUGAGUGGAAAGUAUAGAUUUUCUGUGCAUAAUUUUAACAAAAUUGAAGAGAGAGAUUCUCGUUUACUUCUCACUCUGAGUAAUUGUUCACACACCAAGAAUGUCAUUUUGUAUAAUAUUUUAAGUGCAUUUGUGGCAGGAUUUAAAUUGCAUCAUCAUGAAUCUAGUAGAUCAAGUGAAAAUCAAUUAAUAUUGAAUUCAAAAUACAAGGUCGACCUAAAAGAAGAAUUGACAAUUUCCUCCGAUGACGAAGACAAGACUCAAUCUUCGGAGGAUGAUGAUGAGGAGGAUCAUGAUGACCACGAGAAUACUCUCAAGAAGGGUGUCCUCUCUGAAAUGGAUUUGAGUUUCCGUGUGACGAAUAAGGAUUUACAAACUCAUACCAUGACCUUUAUGAAACAAGAAUCCAUUCAAGCAGUCUUUAGUGUCUAUGACACUUUGAUUGAUUUAUUGAUGAAUGAUUUUGUAAGAAAGAAAUCUCAUACAUUUAUGAAGAGAAUUGAAAAGGGUUUAAUUUUGAGUGGAUAUGAUUGGAAACGUUCAUCAACACCCACCAAUGUUCGUUCCUAUAUCUUGGAUUUACUUUUAGAAUUAUCAAUGGUGCAUGCCAAGACUGAAAAGAUUACUAGUGUAACCAUUGGUUCUGAGUUUUACAAUACUGGAAGUAUUUUCAAUGACAUGAAUAGCUUGAAUGUGAGUCGAGAGUUUACUGGAAAAAUAUUCUCACUUCUUACAGAGAGAUUGGCAGAAAUAUUUCUGUAUCAUGCCAAAUCCAUUGAAGAGAUGGGAGAAAAUGCAGCUCUUCAAUUAGACAUUGAUGUAUCCUUCUUGAGAAAGGCUUUGGAGUCCUUUGAAACUUCUCGAACUCGAACUAUUUACAAAAAGCUCAACAAACAUCUUUCUCAUGUGGCAAAAUUUUCAUCCAGCACUGAACAACUGAAAGCUUCCAUCAUUCAUGACAUGGCUGAGAAGACCUACACACAGUUGGACUGUUUCAAUAUUCAUGUUGAGAGUUCUCUUAAUUUAUUGUCCAUUUCAACUUCGUUCAAAUUACUCGACUCGACUCAUGACUAG